AUGUACCUUCAAUCUGGGAUUCUCCCGGAAAACAAAGCAGAGGCAAGAAAAAUCCAAUACAAGGCCGAGCACUACCAGAUGGCCAAUGGAAUUUUAUACAGGAAGUCAUACCUGGGCCCGUUGCUAAGAUGCGUAGACGCUGAAGACGCAAACUACUUAAUCCGGGAAGUUCAUGAAGGAAUUUGUGGUAUUCAUGCCGGGCCUCGAAUGGUGGUGGCAAAAGUGAUGAAUGCUGGAUACUACUGGCCCGGGAUGCAUUUAGACGCUGUGAAAGAGUUGAGGAAGUGCAGUGGAUGCCAGAGACAUGCGCCUAAGACCAUGCGCCCCAAAAAUGAACUAGUACCGGUCACAACCGCAUGCCCUUUCAACAAUGGGGCAUAG